AUGAAUAUUGGACAACAAGAAACCUUGAAUCUCAUCACAAGGAAUAUUUCCGGACAGAUUGGGGGAAGUAACAAUCGGUUGCACCUAUUUAUAACCGGUCAGGCAGGAACGGUCGUCAAGGUCGGUGCUUUAUCAGAAGUCGCAGCGAGACUAGUAAGAAGAUCGACUCUGCACAGUAUGCUCAAAUUACCUGUGCAGAAGGACGGUAGAAUCGUACAAAUGCCACUAUUGUCUGGCCAAUAUCUUCAACACAUGCGGCUAGAAUGGAAAGAUGUCGAGUUUAUCUUCAUUGACGAAAUUUCUAUGGUACCAUACGAAAUGCUGUGCAUGAUCGAGUUUCGACUGCGACAAUUGAAGAGUCCCGAGGAAAUGUUCGGAGAAAUUAAUGUAUUGCUGUUUGGCGAUCUGAUGCAGAUACCGCUAGUGAAGAGACAACCAGUUUUCAGUCAGUCCAGACACAUGAUACCGGCUACACAUUUGUGGGAAUUAUUCACUUUGAUUGAGCUGACGCAAAAUAUGAGGCAGCAAGGUGAUACAACUUUCUUUGACGUCCUCAAUGCGCUGCGAAUUGGAGAACUAACGACAAGUCACAUGUUCGUGUUGAUGAGUCGGGUUAGUACAGAGACGGACGGGGAAUUCUCUAUAGAGAAGGCUAUGCGCAUUUACCCGACCAACAAGCAAGUGGAGGCCCACAGUAAUAAAGUACUACAAUACUUUCGAGAAAAAAAUGUCGAAAUGUUUACCAUUCGAGCUCUAGAUUCUUUGGUCGAUGCCACUAGGCCGCUAAAAAAUUCAAUCGACACCGUCAUAUCGGAUGACAUCAACAAGACCGGAGGAUUGCCGAGAGAGCUGGUAAUAUUUGUGAGUACAAAAGUGAUGCUGCGAUCUAACAUCGAUGUACAAAAAGGCUUGGUCAAUGGAACAAUAGGUUUUGUAACGGAACUGAAAUGGGCUGGUGGCUUCCGCAGAGGUCAGAUUUACAAGCAGGACAUACCGGGCGUAAUGGUGGAUUUUGGCGUGGAUGGGAUCCACCUUAUCAAGCCAAAAUCAAUACAAUUUCCAGAAAAAUUCAGUUACGGAACUGCUGAGCGCCGUAUGCUGCCUUUAAUAUUAUCAUGGGCUUCAACAGCCCAUAAAAUGCAAGGCACCACAGUCGACUAUGCUGUCGUUUACUUGGGACGGAAACUAUUCGUACAAGGUCAAGCGUACGUCAUCAUUAGCAGAGUUCGUAGCUUCAAUGGACUUCAUACCGAAGAGUUGGACGCUUCAAAAAUAACGGGAAAGACAUCCUGUAACGUUGACGCUUUGGAUGAAAUUGAAAGAAUGAGACAACGUCUAUGA